AUCCAGUGUCAAGGAUGCCUCCUUGAACCACCAAAUCCAGGCCAGAAGCUCCAGUAAAUACUUUCAAAACCAGUGCUCCUCUCUGAAGUACUCUCAGUUUGUACUUAAACAUGUGUUGUAUAUUGCAGUAUGGGUUCUUCACACUUCUCUCCUCUCUUAAUAUAGGUUUUAGUGUCAGGAGUUACUCGUUUUGUCCGCAGUGACUGGCAUAGUGCCUGGUUCGCAGCAGGUGCUUACAAUUUGUUAAAUGAAUAAAAGGAUGAACAGUCGUUCCUCAUCUCCUUUCAGCUGAUCACCAGUCUAUGAGUACGUCCGCCCCCCAGACUGUAGUGUGUCCCUUGGGGCUGGACUUUGGCACCUCAUCCAGGCUGGCAGCAGGCUGUGAUCUUUGGUUUGCCUAUCUCGGGCCUCUCGCCCAGCAAAUAGCUGAACCCACGCCCCGGGCGUGUCGCGCCGUCACGCGGAACCUCCCUACUUCCACACAUCAGAACCCGGCAGAAACUAAGCUUAAACUGCGAAGCCUCUUCGCACCUCCGGACGUGGGAAUUACAUACUUGGACCUCAGACUCACGCGGGUGUCCUCAUGACUUCUCUCGUGGACCAUGUCCUUGAUCCUUUUUGCCUGCGUGGUAAGGGUGAGGGAUGGACUGCCCCUCUCGGCCUCCACUGAUUUCUACCACAGCCAAGACUUCCUGGAAUGCAGGAGACGCCUCAAGACUUUAGCCUCGCGACUGGCCCAGUAUCCAGGUCGAGGUUCUGCAGAAGGAUGUGACUUCAGCAUCCACUUCUCUUCUGCGAGGGACGUGGCCUGCAUGGCUAUCUGCUCCCUCCAGUGUCCGGCAGCCAUGGCCUUCUGCUUCCUGGAGACCCUGUGGUGGGAAUUCACAGCUUCCUAUGACACCACCUGCGUUGGCCUCGCCUCCAGGCCAUAUGCCUUUCUCGAAUUUGACAAUGUCAUUCAGAAAGUGAAGUGGCAUUUUAACUAUGUAAGUUCCACCCAGAUGGACAGCAGCUUAGGAAAAAUUCAGGAGGAACUCAAGUUCCAGCCACCAGUGGUUCUCACCCUAGAAGACACAGAUGUGGCCAAUGGGGUGAUGAACGGACACACACUGAUGCACCUGGAGCCAGCUCCUAAUUUCCGAAUGGAACCAGUGACAGCCCUGGGCGUCCUCUCCCUUAUUCUUAACAUCAUGUGCGCUGCCCUGAACCUCAUUCGUGGAAUUCACCUCGCAGAACAUUCUUUACAGGUUGCACAUGAAGAAAUUGGAAAUAUUCUGGCUUUUCUUAUUCCUUUUGUAGCCUGCAUUUUCCAGUGUUACCUGUACCUGUUCUACAGUCCAGCCAGGACUACGAAGGUGGUGCUGAUGCUGCUCUUCAUUUGCCUGGGCAACGUGUACCUGCAUGGGCUGAGGAACCUCUGGCAAAUCCUCUUCCACAUAGGAGUGGCUUUCCUGUCUUCGCAUCAGAUACUGACAAGGCAGCUUCAGGACAAGCAGUCUGACUGCGGAGUGUGAGGAUGAGGCCAUGGGAUGGAUGGAUCCUUUGAUUUUCCUCUGAGGGUCAUCGGCGUUUCCCCUUUUACUUCUUGACUUCACCUCAAGUUUCCAUCCUCGAAGUUCCUUUCAACCAAAGCAGACUGAUCCUGAGAACCAAGAUUUUUUUUCACCGGUGCAGUGGGAAGCAUGAAGUUGCUGGACAUCUGGUCUCAGUUUUGUGUGAGUUACUGCCGAAUCUCCACUUCAGCACUUUGGACAGCAGAAUCUGGGCGCCCCGUCAGAAAGCACAUUACUGGAAGACCAACAUGGAAUGAUUUUGGUCUUUUACGUUGAGUGAUGCAAUAAACCACUAGAUUCAG